AUGCAUCCGCAUUUGCACACUAAGGACAAUAUCGGUACUUGCGAGGAAGUGAUGAACGCCCUCGAGGAAUGCCACGCAAGGGGAUUCGUUUGGAAGUCCCUAGGAAUGUGUAACGAUGCGAAAGAAAAGGUCAACUUGUGUCUGCGAGCCGAACGGUUAAAGCGCACCGCCGUGAAUCGAGAGAUCGCCAAGGCGAAGCGCGAGAAGCUCAAGAAGGCGUGGUCCGAGAUCGACGAGAACACGUAG